UCUGCCCCCCUCCGCCACUUCCACGUCUCGUGGGCAGCACACAGGUGAUCUUGCCAUGGCGGAGGAUUCAAUCAGUUUCCAGGACUUCUUGCCGUCGAUGGCGGAGAAGCUGGGCGGCGAAGGGCUGAUGGCGGAGCUGUGCAAGGGGUUUCAGCUACUGAUGGACCCCGAGAGCCGCCUGAUCACGCUCGACAGCCUCAGGAGGAACGCCGCCGCGCUGGGGCUCGAGGGGUUGAAGGACGAUGAACUCCGGGGGAUGUUGCGGGAGGGCGACUUGGACGGAGAUGGAGCGUUGGAUCAGAUAGAGUUCUGUGUUCUGAUGGUGAGGUUGAGCCCGGAGCUGAUGGAAGUGUCGGAGAAGCUGGUGGAAGACGCUAUGGGAAUGGGGAGGUGGAAUGGACCGUAGCGUUCUAUUUGUCGUUGACAUUAUUACAUUGCUGAUUCAACCUCUCCUUCUCUUUUUCCUUUU